UUCGUACAUUGAUUUCAAAAUGGACGAACAACAGUAAGACUCGUUCGAUUGUUGACCGGGAGUAAUUUUCAAAUGUGGACAGAUUCAUUCGAAACAGGGAACACUGCAGGAUUUAUGUAUCAUCUUGCUGACACUCGCUUCAUAAAUAGGUGGAACCAAUAACCAGUGUCUGUAACGCCAGCAUGGAUCUUGGUAGAUGGGUAUUUGUGUUAUGAAUUACUGAUGUUCAGCAGUUGUGAACCUGUCACAUCGACCAGUGCAUUACACAUACACUAUAACAGAGAAGUCAAGUGAAAUCACCAACAACAGAAAUGCAAGGCAGUGCUGAUAACGCCUCAAGCACUGAGGACACUGUUAUCCAUCCAGUCACACCAACCAAUCAACUAGACAUACAUUUUAGCAGUGACAGCGUAGUGAAAUCACCAACAACAGAAAUGCAAAGCAGUGCUGAUAACACCACAUUAACCACACCCACCAAUCAACUAGGUGUUCAAUAUCACGGUAACAGUUUAAUGAAAUCAUCAGUAACAAUAAUACAAAGAUGUGAUAAUAAAGGCACAUUCAUUACCCAGGGUACUAUUCUUCAUCCUGUUAGUCAGAAAGCAUAUCAAUGUGAGCACUGUGAUGAGAGUUUUAUGUACUAUAUAGAUCUGAGGCAGCAUUUGAAAAUUCAUACUGGGAUCAAACCAUAUCACUGUGAACACUGCGGAAAGAGUUUUAUAACAAUGAGUAAAUUAGAAUGCCACAUAAGAACACACACUGGUGAGAAACCAUAUAGAUGUGUCUUAUGUAACAAGGCAUUUGCUGAAUCAAGUAAACUGAAACGACACAUGAGAAAACAUACUGGCGAUAAACCAUAUGAAUGUAAGCAAUGCGGGAGGAAAUUUGCUUACUCUGGAAAUUUCACACAGCACAUUAAACAGCACACAACCGUUCAGAAACCGUAUCAAUGUGAACACUGUGCCGAGAAUUUUGUUCUCUACAACGAUUUAAGACAGCAUCUGAAAAUCCACACUGGAGUAAAGAAAUUCCACUGUAAACAAUGUGAAAAAAGUUUUAUUUCCUACAGUAAACUUGAAUGCCAUAUAAGAACACACACUGGUGAGAAGCCAUACCAAUGUGUGUUAUGUGACAAGGCAUUUGCUGAAUCAAGUAAACUGAAACGACAUAUGAGAAAACAUACUGGUUAUAAACCACAUGAAUGUCAGGACUGUGGGAAGAGAUUUGCUUAUUCAGGUAAUUUUAAGCAUCAUAUUAGAAAACAUACAACUGUCAGUUGUCAGAAAACCUAUCAGUGCGACUACUGUGAGGAAAGUUUUGAGGAAUUUAAAUUUCUAAGUCGGCAUAUGCAUGUACAUACAGGCGUAAAAUUAUAUCCCCAGGAAAAGACUGCAGAGAGUUUGACUUUGCCAAAAACAAUACAAACUGAUGGGAAACCAUUUCAAUGUGGAAGGUGUGACAAAGUAUUUGCUGAGGCACAUACUCUGAAGCAGCAUGUAAAUGUGACAGACCAUACCGGUAAUAAACCCUAUAAAUGUCAACAGUGUAGGCGUCGUUUUGCGUAUUCAAGUUAUCUAAAACUACAUGUCAAAACUCAUACUAAACCCUAUCAAUGUGAACAAUGUGGGAAAGGUUUUUCUAAUGAAAAUAUUCUGACCCAACAUUCGAGGACACACACUGGUGAGAAACCAUAUCAGUGUUACUUUUGUGAAAAAAGUUUCUCCUAUUUGCAGUGCCUGAAAAGACACACUAAAGUACAUCUGAGUGAAAAGAAGUACUUGUAUCAAUGUAGACAUUGUGAGAAAAGUUUCCCUCAGUUAGAUUGGUUACACGAACAUCUAGAGACUCACAAAGUUGUGAAACCAUAUACAUGUAAUUGUUGUAAUGAGUAUUUUCAAAAUGCCAGUGAACUGAGGGAACAUAGGAGAACACAUACUGAUGAUAUGCUAUAUGAGUGUAAACUAUUGAAAUUACAUGUAAAAACACGUACGUUGGAGGAGCUAUACGAGUGCAAACUCUGCCACAAGAAGUUUGAUUCGUUGAAUAAAAUGAAAUACCAUAUCAGAUUGCAUACAGGAGUGAAACCGUAUCAUGAACAGACCAAUAAAGGUGAAGUAAACCAACCUACCGAGGUAUUAUACAACCAUGAUGGCAUGGACAAUAGAAUAAAUCACACCGAUAUUCAGAAUCAGUUUACAGAAACAACUGCAGAUAGAAUGUUUUAUCAUUGUGUCAGUUGCUUUAAAAAUGUUGUGUAUUUAAGUGAUGCAAUCUGCAAACAGUGUGAGAUACUGCAUCAAACUGACGACAUAAAUAACCAUAUGACUGAGAAAGCUUAUACGUAUUGGUGUGAAUAUUGUGAUCAUUAUUUUAAUCAUUUAUCUGACUUUGAUGGUCAGUCACAUCUAUGUCUUGAUGUUUUUAAGUUUAUUUACAGUCAAACCACAAAUCUGAAUUUUCUGGCUGGUAAUCAGUGUAUGCGUGUGAUUGAGAAGACUACAGAGACGAUGAAUUCAUAUCAUCCACAGAAUGAAUCGUUUUAUUCUUUAGAAUAUUUGAAUAACGGCAGUGACUGCGUAAUUCCACUGAGAUAUCAAGUCGAUGAUGGAGGUAUUAUAAUAACAGAGGAGGAUUGUGUAGAGAUGUUCAGAGUUAAUUUUUCAUUCUAA